AUGGAUCCCGUCUCGGCGAUCGGAUUGGCCUCUGGGAUCUUGACCUUCGUUGAAGCGGGCCUCAAGCUCGUAAAAAUAGCCUACAACAUACACAACUCUCUUGAUGGGGUCUUAGAUGAAAACAGACACCGCAAAAGUGUCAGUAGUGAAGUUAUCAAAGCGGCUCUGAGGCUAGAAGUCGCGGGAAACGCCUGGUUGACCCCCGAGCAAGAGUCACUUUCGAAUCUUGCCAAGAAGUGCAAGGCGACUUCAGCAGAACUAGUCAAAACUUUGAACGAAGUCAAGCCGAAAAAGAAUUCGUCUAAUCUCUUCAUAUCGUUGCGAUAUGCAGUUAAGGCAACUGUCAAGGCGAAGGAUAUCAGUGGCCUGGAGAACCAGCUAAAAGACUAUCGUGAUCAGCUCAUUCUCGCACUGGUCGAUUUCUCAAGAGUCGAGGCAGCAGAUGAUUUCAAUGAACUAAUCUCACUUGCCAAAGGCAACGAAGCUACAUUGAAGAGUUUGACCCAGGCCAUAGAGCACUUGCGCCAAGCACAGCUCACCGCACUUGAUUCAAUUGCCAACAGGCUCAAUACGCAAGCUUACACCCCACUCCAGAAGCUAAUAAUGAUCGACGAAGAAACCCGUCAAUCUAUAUAUCAGGAUCACAUUCUGGACAGCCUCAAGUUUGAUGAAAUGCAUCAGCGAUUUGACGCAGUCCACGGUGCUCAUGAAGAUACCUUCAAAUGGAUUUAUGAGCCAAUUCAAAUUACCGAUGAAGAUGAGGACAUGUCUUACGAGAAAUAUGUAAGACAAGAAGCGGCGCUUAAGAUGCAACUCGAAUCAAGAGAGAGAUUAUUAGGUUGGCUUUUAUCAGAAGGGUCAUCAUCACCAAUCUUCCAUAUCUCUGGAAAGUUGGGAUCUGGAAAAUCAACAUUAAUGAAGUUUCUAUGCUCUCAUCAGACGACAGAGGACGUGCUAACUAAGUGGGCUGGUACAAAGAACCUUGCGUUGGCUUCGUUCUUCUUUUGGCGGAAUGGCUCAAAGACACAGAAGUCACUAGACAGACUUUGCCGCUCAAUGCUUCACGAUGUACUGAGAGAGCGGCCUGAUCUAAUAUCUGAGAUCUUCCCUGAUCAGUGGCGUCAAGCGAAACAAGCUCCCUGGAAGGUUCAGCACCGUCAGGAUAUCCCAUCGUUUUACAUUAAAGACGCUCCCGAAAGGCUCCUACAAAACAGAAAACUUUACCAGCAACACAAAUUCUGCAUCUUUAUUGAUGGUCUCGAUGAGUUUGAGCCUGGCCUUCAAGAUGGGUUGGAUUACAUUGAUUUAGUCAUUGCCCUUCGACAAUGGACGACUUAUGCUGAUGGGAACCUAAAGCUCUGCCUUUCGAGUAGAGAAGAAGGUGUCUUUAUGGAUGAAUAUGAGAAUGACCCUAGCUUCCGACUCCAGGACUUGACCAGAUUCGAUAUGCAAAACUAUAUCCGCAGUCGCCUGAGCAACCUAAAGGAUGAAGACCUCAAAAGCGAGCUCGUCACUGAUAUCCCGAAGAAGUCCGAGGCAUUGAGGAAUCACCUCAACACUUUGCCUAAAGGUCUCGAGUCACUCUUUUACCACAUCCUCCAGCAGCUCGAACUUGAUGAUGCGAGAAAGACUCUCCGGAUUAUAGAUUGUCUUAAAACUGCCAAAUCGACGCUUUUAGAGCUACCAUUGCUCGCUUUCUCCCUUCUGGAUGAAUAUGAUAGAGACUUAGAGUUUUCGCUACGAGACGGUCUCGAAAAUGGCAUUAUCCCGGAUGAGAACGUUCUCAAAGCUCAACUUCGAGGUGCUUGUGGGGGACUGAUAGAAUGCGUUGAGGGCAGACAGUAUGAGGGAUUUCAAAUUCUUGAGUUUGUUCACCGAUCAGUCCCUGACAUGCUCCAAAGGAAUGCAGGAAGAUCAGAACUGGCUCUUCAAAUAGAAGCUGCCCUUGUCGGUACCAAUACUGUUGAUGUUGUCUCCCAUGUUUGCUUUGCUGCUAUUCAACUCUUGAAGCUCUCAAGAGCAACAGAGGCAGUGAGAAGCAUAUGCCAGUGUAUAGUAUACAUACGACUCUAUAGGAGGAUUGACAAGCCACCGUACCAUUUCCUGGAAUACAUUGGCUUUUGGAUUGACGAUAGGUGGCUGGACGACAAUGAGACCAAGUGGCUUUCCUGUUGUGCUUCUUACCCUCCCACGAUUGGAAUCCGAUGCAUCACAUCUCACCAACCGGCGGCUACCAAGGCCGACAACACAAGAAUUAUUAAUAACAAUAUGUAUCUUGCAGCACUUUCUGACCAUAUGGAUUACAUAGAGUGGAAAAUCCUGAAUGAUGCAAACGCUAUGAACAACUCGGCCAAGAGAGCCUUGGUUGGACAAUCAGUUCUGAUGUCAGCACAUUGGGAAAUGUUUUUCCAGAACGAUAUCUUUGCAAUGGAUCCUGUUAUACCUUUGAUUCCUUCUGUCUAUGAACAAGAACUACUAAGCGGAAACGACAGUGGUUCAUGUUUCCUGUCAGCCUGGCAAUUCUUCCUAUCCCGCAUCAUUUUGGGUUUCAGCCAUUGGUCUUUUCAUUCCCCCGAAAACGCCGGAACUAUUAUCGAACGAUUUCUAAAACAAGGUUCAGACCCAUAUUGCCGGAUCGUUGUUGCGAAUGAAGAGUCUGCAAUGUCAAUGACAAUUUGCUUUCGAGAAUUAAAAGCUCGCCACAUUAUCCCGCACCACUACCGGACAUCGAUACCUGUCUUCAAUGAUACAAUGCAGGCGGUGAUAGAAAAGUGUCUAGUCUUGGGGGGAAGCCCGUGA